AUGAGCCAGCAGGGCUCCCAGCCGGCAGCCGGAGGGCCAGCGAUAGGUCAACCUGCUUCAUCGCUGGCAGCUGCACCGCCUCCGAGGACAUCUUCGCUCGAGCCAUCGGCACCUGCAGAUGCGAGUAACGCGAGUAGCGCAGCGCCGAAGACAACACAGGAGGGUACCACACCCGGCCAGCUCGGUGUUCCCGGACAGGCGGACAUGCCAGCUGCUUCAUCAGCAGAUGCCAGCGGCGGUACGAUGAAUGAGAAGGCGGAAAGCAUUGGAGGGAGGUCAAAGCGCAGCGUAACUGGGCGAAGGAAGCGAGAUGCCAGCGCGGGUAGUAAACGCUCUGCGCAGCAGCAACCUACCACCACCGAGAAAGACGCGAGACCAACUUCCGCAGGACGAACAGGAGCUGCUAGUUCGAUUCGGCCGAAGAAGAAGAGCGGAUUUCUGUCCUUCUUGAACUGCUGCGCGGCGCCGGACGAAGGCCAGGAAGCCGGACAGUCUGAAGGCGCACAGCCUGCAAAGACACCGAAAUCACAGCCUGUCCGAGCCCAGCAACCCACGCAACAGAAGAACACCAGCACCACUGCCACCAGCACGGAGAACUCCAAGGAGGUUGUGGAUGAGAAGUCAGCCGCCCAGAUUCCUCCGCAAGCAGAACUGGCCGCGGCUCCAGUGAUACCUCUGCCGGAGAGCGACAAACCCGCUCAAGGAGAUGCGACUGUCGACAGGAACGUGCCGACACUUCCAUCUGAAGCGCCACCCGUACAGCCCAACCCGGAGACGAGGCCACUGGAGGCGGAAAAGCAGCCUGAAGCACCUGUCACUGGUGUGCUCCCGGUCGCGACGUCUACAGAAGAACCAAGCUCGAGUCAGAGUCCCGAUGUGCAAGUCGAUGCGCCUACUCCUGUGGUCCAGCAGGACGAAGACGCUAUGAUCCUCGAUCGGACGCCAGAGCAGGCUGCCAGGGACAAUGACAUUGAGAUGAGUGAUUCUGGGCCCUCGCUUCCUCUCACUGGACAAGAUGCUGCUGCAGUUGUGGAGGAAGAGAAGUUGGCCCAUCAACGGAGAGAAUCAUCGAACAUCAACCGAGAAGAUUUGCCGCCGCCACCCCCCAUACAAAAAGCGCAGGAGCAGCACGAUGGUGCCGUUGUCAGCCAAGAACAAGCUGCGGUCUCCACGCCUGAACAGACUCAGAAAUGGCUUCUACCGCCGCCCCGGCCGGAGUUCCGAGGGAAGAAGUGCUUGGUGCUGGAUCUCGACGAGACAUUAGUACAUAGUAGUUUCAAGAUUCUGCACCAAGCCGACUUUACCAUCCCCGUCGAAAUCGAAGGCCAAUACCACAACGUGUAUGUCAUCAAGAGACCUGGAGUCGACACCUUCAUGAAGCGCGUGGGAGAGCUCUACGAAAUUGUGGUCUUCACUGCGUCCGUCUCGAAGUAUGGAGACCCACUUCUUGAUCAGCUCGACAUUCAUCACGUUGUGCAUCACCGACUGUUCCGCGAGAGCUGCUACAACCACCAGGGCAACUAUGUCAAGGACCUGAGCCAGGUCGGACGAGACCUCAAGGAGACCAUCAUCAUCGAUAACUCGCCGACGAGCUACAUCUUCCACCCGCAGCAUGCAGUACCGAUUAGCAGUUGGUUCUCUGAUGCACACGACAACGAGCUCUUGGAUCUGAUUCCGGUGCUGGAGGAUCUGGCGACUGACCGCGUGUCGGAUGUCAGCAUUGUCUUGGAUGUCGCAUUAUAA